GAUGCAGUUGGCAAAAUACCUAUUCGAAUGUCAUUCUGAAGAUCACCAAUGAUGUAUUAGGUGGUAAUUGAAAUUACUCGAAGGAAGUGAGCAACGUUGCAAGUGUCUGCCUAGUUUUUUUCUUUCGAUUUUCGAAUAGAAAGUUAGCCAGUACUAGUUUCUUUGAGAAUCGUUUCUGAUUCGAUGUUCUGUGAUUUAGUCAAUUGUGAAUGAAAAAUGCCUAUUUUAUUUUCAAGUUACAUGAUUUUAUUCAUCUUUGUUGCAUCUAUCAAAAGUGAAGAUGAAGAAGCUUUAAUUUUUGACAGGUAUAACAGCGCGCUUUUCGAAUUACCGAACCCGGUUCCAAAAAAAGCCAGAGGUACUGGUGCUUGGGCCACUGCCUGUCCUGCUCCACAAUCCGCUGCUGGUAAUUUAAUGAAAAAUGCUUUGAUCGUGCAACAAAUCAACGAAGAAGGCGAUCAACUGUCCGAAGUGAAAAUUAAUAUAUGCAAAGAAUCUUAUAAACCUUCCUUGGUAUUCGAUCCUGAACAUGUGAAUUUUCAUUUUGGUUACGCGAUUUACUAUAAAUUGAGAGAUAGCGAUUAUUUUCAUUACUUUAAUCGGAAAAAAUUCAUGACACCUGAAGAAGCAACUCGAUUAAUGAGAGAACAUAUGAUAUUGAAAGGUUCGUUCCUUUUUGGUAAAAAAGCCAAGGAAGCUAUGAGGCCCAAGCAGAAUACGGUACAAGACGAAAAUGACGAAAUAUGGUUCAAAGGAAACAGGAAAAUGGGGUUCACCUGGUUGUAUCUGAAUAAGCUGAGGUUCGAUUUUUACAAGAAUAUAUUGGAAAAAGUAAUCUACGUUAUUCGUGGUAAUAACAAAUGGCCUGUUGCUGGAGAACAAUGUGCAGAUUAUACCUUAGGAUCAGCAGUCUAUGAAAAUAUCAAAAUAGAUCAAUUAUAUUCACAAGCAAACCAGAAAAAGAUAUUCACAAGCGUAAGCCUACCACCAACUCAUUGUGAAGGGGGAGUAUGUCGUAUGGAGAAGACUAACUGCGAACUUUAUAAUCUGUGUUUAUCAAAAUGGUUGCUAAUUCCAAUGGGUCAGUUCGUAUUUGGCUCUUCAGCAACACCAGUGUGUUCAAACUUGGCGACCAUACCUAUUUGGACCGAUACAGUGGAAAAAGUGAUGCUGAAAGUGGACCAGUAUUUGUAUUCGUUGUAUAGAGUCACCAAAGGAAAAUUGCUCAUAAUUGGUGGAAUCACCGAUGAUGUACUCGAGCUACCUAAAUCAGGGACCCGAACUCGAGGAAAAUCAAAAAUAUAUUUGGAUACGGAAAAUAGUAAAAUUCCGGUGCCGAAAAUAAUUUAUAAAAUUGUCAAAUACCAAUUCAAGCACCUAGAAUCUGAAAAAAUAACUCCUUGUUGGUACUCUGCCAUUAUUGUGAUUCAUAACGAUCCUUAUUACAAAAAAGAGACGAAACUCUGUCAAAAAGAUGUCACAAAAGAUUGGGGAUGGGAUGCAAUAACAAAAGAUUCGUGGGAAAAUGAAUUUAAUAAUGUUUAUGUUUGUCAGAACGAUUUCGCCACGUUGAAAAAAAUAUACGGACGUUUGAAAGCGUACAAACAGCAGCCAUCUUACGAUUUAAAUUUAUUAAAAUUCCCAUCGAUUAAAAAAGAUACAGAAACAGAAGAUAUCAAGAAAAAUGUAGAUGACGAGUUCAAAGAAUUAUCCGAGGGGAAAAUAAAUUCCAAUGUGAUGGAAGAUGCUCCAGAAAGUUUUCAAAACUUGAUUAAUGAUAGUGCUGCUGAUGUUGAUGAUGCUGCUGACGUUGAAAGCUCAAAAGAAUAGUCGAAUGGAUGGAUGCUUUUAACGUCGGAAUGAGAAUCUUAAUCAUAAGCAAGAAUAUAAUAAUUUAAUUGAAGUGCUCGAA